AUGGGCUUCCUGGCCUCCAAGGCGCUGGUGGAGUACGACUACGAGGCGCAGCACGCUGACGAGCUGACGAUCCGCGUCGGCGACAUGGUCACCGAGCUCACGCCCACCGAGCCGGGCUGGAUGCGCGGCCGGCUGCGCGGCAAGGUCGGCGUCUUCCCGGACAACUUCGUCAGGAUGGUGCACCGCGACAUGGCCAAGCCGCGACCCAAGCCGGCCGAGCCGCCGACCGGCUCGCUCAAGCCCAACGGCGUCACCAAGCGGCCAGGCCGCCGGCGCUGUCGCGCCCUCUUCAGCUACAGCCCCGAGAAGGCCGACGAGCUGGGCCUCAAGCUGCACGACAUCAUCGACGUGCUGGAGGAGGUGGAGCCCGGCUGGUGGAAGGGCUCGCUGAACGGCAAGGUGGGAGUGUUCCCGUCGAACUUCGUGGAGGAGCUGGCGCCGGCUGCCGACACGGAACCCGUGCAGGAGAUCAAGCCGAAACCGUUGAAGAACAGCGGCGGCUUGGUGAAGGAGCUGUGCCGCGCGCUGUUCGCCUACCAGCGCCAGAAUGAGGACGAGCUGACGCUGAAGGAGGGCGACGUCGUCACCAUCGUGUCCAAGGAGAGCGAGGACAAGGGCUGGUGGCGCGGCGAGCUGGCCGGGAAGGUCGGCGUCUUCCCCGACAACUUCGUGGAGGUCAUCUCGACGGCGGAGAAGCCGGCCCGGCCCGACAAGCCGCCGUCCAAGCCGCUCACCAAGCCGGAGGCGCCACAGGCCACGGACAGGCCGGGCAGCGCCGAGCCGGCCGGGCCUAAGCGGGCGCCGUCGCUACCUCAGCCGUCGGCCGCCGGUCGGCCCGCCACCGAGGAGUUCGACGCCGUGGAGCGGGGCGCUGAUCGACUGACGCACAUCACGGCCGACCGCGCGCGCGCGCCCGGCCGCCGGCCCCCCUCCAGCAUCUUCGUCCGGGAGAGCAUGUCGCCACAGAACUCGCCGUCUCCCUCGACGCCCGUGGAGACGCCUGUGCUCGGAAGCCGACGGCCCGCGUGCCCGUCGCCAAGGCGGGUGGAAGCGGCAGCGCCGGCCGCCGCUCCGGCCCGACCCGCGCUGCCGGCGUCAGUGGCGGCGGCGGCGGCCGUCGCCGCUCCGCCCGGCCGGCCGACCGACACGCGAGAGCUGCAUGAGGAGUGCAGCCGGCUCCAGAAGCAGCUGAACGAACAGGCGCGCCAGUUCUCGGAGGCGCUGACCGCCCUGCGAGCCGACUACACCAAGCGGAUGCGAACGGUGCUGGACGAGCUGGACGCCGAGAAGAAGUCGCGGCUGGUCAUGCAGGUGCAGCUCGACCGGCUGGACAAGCUCGUCAAGGACAUGAACUUCACCGUGUAGCGGCGCGACCGCGUCCCGCGUCGGCACCGGCCGUCCCUGUUCGUUCCCAGUUGCCAAACCGCCGGCGCGCCGUCAAAUCCCCGUCUGUAGCCUAGAGGGGGGCGCGAGCGAGUAAAUCCAUAGCGUUAUACUAUAUAAUAUAUGAGGCGAUGUAGAGUGGGAUCAGUCGUUCACCGCUUGCGAGACCUGAUUGCGAGGCGGCGCGCCCGCGUUUGCAGUCUCAUGCGACCGUCGCGGGCGCGGGCCCAGUCCGCCGCCCGGUCGAGCGGCGCUGCGCCGCCGCCCGCCGCCAAGUGCCCAUGCUUUUAAAUCAUAGACCACCGUGUGAAGUCUGCUGAUGUGAUAUGGAACGUUCCCGCGCCCAGAUCGGCUCGCGCCCCGCGUAACGUGUGGUGAUCUUGUUUGCGUGAUUCCUGUUCCGUUCUGUUGCGAGAGCCGCGAAUCGUUCGAGGCGCGCGCGCGUGUGCCUGUGUUCACUAUGCCCGCAAUAGGUGGAAUUCUGUUGGGGCCGCGUCACGUGUUGUUGCCAUUGCGGGCUGAUUGUGCUCAUUCUCGCGGCUUUUUACUUUGCAUGUCGCAGCAAUGAGACCGGGCUCCUCGUGCUAAAUCAUGGCGCUGUAUUUUCUGAGUAGGCGAUUACAUUUUUAUGGAACUUC